GGCCGGGGUGGGGGCUGCGCCGCCGGGCGGUCAGGGCCAAGGCCGCGCUCCCGGAUCGCCUGGAGGGUGGGCGCCGCGCGCCCCUGCAGCCCCCGGUGCGCCCGUGCUCGGGCGGUGGGGCCAGACCCCCCGGAGUCGGAGCGAGCCCGAUCCUGGGAUCUUUCCCUUUGGUUCUGCUGGCGACCGGUCUCCCCGCCCCCGGGGCCUAACCCCAAGUCGAGGGUUCGCGGGUUAGCGGCCGGCCAGCCGGGGAAACGUGAUAAGAGCCGUGUGGUUCUCCGAAGGCGAUUCUGAUGCAACUCUCGGCCUCCUGAUCGCCUCUCCCGGCGUCUGCCUGAGGACGGCCCUGGAGCAUCUUUGGAGUUGGGCAUCAUGCUGAGCCUGAAGAGGGGGCUGCAGGGGGCAACGGCCCCGUGACUGUGACUGUGACCGUGACCGUGACCUGUGACCUGUGACCGAGACCAGCCGCUACUUCUACGUUCCAGCCAGCUGGCCCCCAGACACCCAGAGCCCCAGAAAGCCCCCGACAGGUCCCGUGCAGUCCAUGUGGUUUGAAGACCGCGGGAAGGAACCGAUGGCUUUAGCAGGCGGCCCAGAUUCCUUCCUGCACCAUCCGUACUACCAGGGUCAGGUGGAGCAGACACCGCCUCACCGUCCUGGGGACCUGGCAGGACCCGGCUUCCCAGCGCCGCCCGACCGGCUGGCGGGGCACCAAGAGGACGACGUGGACCUGGAGGCACUGGUGAACGACAUGGACGCGUCCCUGGAGAGCCUGUGCGCAGCCUCGGAGACGGCGCCCCUCCUGCACAACGGCCAGCACAGCCGCGGCCCGGCCCCCGGAGCCAGGGUCCUGCAGCCACAGGCGGCCCCGAGGCAGAGGGUGCAGCGGUCCCAGCCCGUGCGAAUCCUCGCCGUCAGGCGCCUGCAGGAGGAAGACCCCCACUUGAGGACCUCGUCGCUGCCAGCCAUCCCCAACCCUUUCCCCGAGCUCUGUGGCCCCGGGAGCCCCCCUGCGCUCACACCUGGCUCCUUACCUCCUGGCCCGGCUGCCGCGAAGCAGGAUGUUAAAGUCUUCAGUGAAGACGGGACGAGCAAAGUGGUGGAGAUUCUGGCAGACAUGACGGCCAGGGACCUGUGCCAGUUGCUGGUUUACAGAAGUCACUGUGUGGACGACAACAGCUGGACGCUGGUGGAGCACCACCCGCACCUGGGAUUAGAGCGGUGCUUGGAAGACCAUGAGCUGGUGGUCCAGGUGGAGAGCACCAUGGCAAGUGAAAGUAAAUUUUUAUUCAGGAAGAAUUAUGCAAAAUACGAGUUUUUCAAAAAUCCCAUGAAUUUCUUCCCAGAACAGAUGGUUACGUGGUGCCAGCAAUCCAACGGCAGUCACACCCAGCUUUUGCAGAAUUUUUUAAACUCCAGUAGUUGUCCUGAGAUUCAAGGGUUUUUGCAUGUGAAGGAGCUGGGAAGGAAAUCGUGGAAGAAGCUGUAUGUGUGUUUGCGGAGAUCUGGCCUGUACUGCUCCACAAAGGGAGCUUCGAAGGAGCCCAGACACCUGCAGCUGCUGGCCGAGCUGGAGGACAGCAGCAUCUUCUCCCUGAUUGCCGGCAGGAAGCAGUACGGAGCCCCCACGGACUAUGGCUUCUGCAUAAAGCCAAACAGAGUCAGGAACGAGGCUAAGGAGCUGCGCUUGCUCUGUGCCGAGGAUGAGCAUAGCCGGACAUGCUGGGUGACAGCCUGCAGGCUCCUCAAGUAUGGGAUGCUCCUUUACCAGAACUACAGAAUCCCACAGCAGAGGAAGGCCAUGCUGUCCUCCUUCUCGACUCCAGUGCGCAGCGUCUCUGAGAACUCCCUUGUGGCAAUGGAUUUCUCUGGGCAAACGGGAAGAGUAAUUGAGAAUCCAGCUGAGGCCCAGAGCGCAGCCCUGGAAGAAGGCCACGCCUGGAGGAAACGAAGCACGCGGAUGAAUAUCCUAGGUAGCCAAAGCCCCCUCCACCCUUCCGCCCUCAGUACAGUGAUUCACAGGACGCAGCACUGGUUCCACGGCAGGAUCUCCAGGGAGGAGUCGCACCGGAUCAUUAAACAGCAGGGACUCGUGGACGGGCUCUUUCUCCUCCGUGACAGCCAGAGUAAUCCAAAGGCAUUUGUCCUCACACUGUGUCAUCAUCAGAAAAUUAAAAAUUUCCAGAUCUUACCUUGCGAGGAUGACGGGCAGACAUUCUUCAGCCUUGACGACGGGAACACCAAAUUCUCUGACCUGAUCCAGCUUGUUGACUUUUACCAGCUGAACAAAGGGGUCCUGCCUUGCAGACUGAAGCACCACUGCAUCCGAGUGGCCUUAUGACCUCAGAUCUAGCCUGGCUGCAGGCCAGUGGGCGCUGACACUGGACUGAAGAGGCCUGUGCAUCCUUCAGCACACGUCUGUCUGCACCCUAGGGCUCGGAGCAAGACGGUGCAUUUGGCGCCGGCUGACCACAAUCGACUCAUCUGUUGGACUUGACGGUGGUUUGCUGCUGCAGAUGCAGCAGGGCUGCCCCUCUCUCCCUGGCCUCAUCGGGGAGGGCAGGAGAGAGCAGAUUAUUCGAGAGUAAACUGGAAUGAUGGUCUUGGCUGGGCCAUGGAGGAGCGCUAGCCAGAGAGAAGUGAUUGGAAGUGAGCGCUUGCCCUGGAAUAAUCUUGACAAUUAAAACCGAUAUGUUUACUUUUUGUAUUGCUCCCUUUUUUGCACUCCUUGUUUCAAUGUUGUAUUCAGCUUAUGGCAGGAGGGGCCGUGGCUUUUCCGUGUGUACGAGAUGUGGAGACACUUGAAAGGGGGCAGCCCCCAGAGGCUGACCGUGUUUGCAGAGGGUGGUGCGUAGGCUCUGCACGUCACUCCCAGACAGCAGGCACCCAGCCCCCCCGUAUACUUGAAAGCGUUUUGAGAUAAAAGGUGUUCUUGAGGUAGGCCCAUGGUGUGCUGCGUGGCCAGAGGCGACCCAGGCUGCCACCCCCGCUCUGACCAUCCCCGACUCGUGCUGCCCACCUUCCGUCCACGUGUCGUCUUGCUCCCCCGCUGCUGGACACGUGUUUCUUUGGAAAACUCGCUGUCCCUCAACACGGAGGGGCUGAGUGGCGGCCCCUCGUUGGCCACAGGCCAGCCUUCCUAAUUACAGCGAGUGCCCGUCGCCCGUCUGCCCCACCUUCCAGCCUGCUCUAGAACCAUCGCUGCCUUACCCCUCUGCAGUGGUGCCAGCCUUCCAGGGCUGCUCUUCCUGCCCUGGGGGCUCUGAGGAUCUGAAAGGAGGUGGCACCUGCGUGGCCGGGUUUCCAUGGUGACAGAGGGCAGCCCCACAGGGGACGGUCUCUCUUGGUGGCCUCCAUCCUGCUGGCAGCCCAGGGGCCAUCCGCUGCAAGGCCGCAGGUGGUUCCUCCACGGGCCCAGGUCCAGCGGCCCCCACGGCGGGGCUGGCCUUGGACAGGUUAGCAACGCAGCGCUGUGUGCUGCUCCAGGAACUGAGUCAGACGGUGGCCUGAGAUGUCCCCACCCUCCGCCCUGCCCAGUGGCCGAGUCUUCCGGCGUGCAGGCCGCCGUUCCUCUGCCUUUGAUCCCUGCAGAGCAGAAAGGGCUCCCCUGACAGCAUGCAUGCCGCUUGCUGAAAGAUGACUUCGUCCCCAGAUCAUAGCAGCCAUGCUUCCCUGGCCCCUCUGGACCAUGCUGGCUGCCAGAUCCCUGGACUGCCCACUGCAGCACUUCCCAAGGGAGACGUGCGGCCUAGGACACAGUGACGCGUACCCGCUGUACCUCAGUUCGUGGUAUAGACACUGUAUUUUAGUUGACAAGACACACUCUACUUAUUUUCCAUGAAGUGUCUACUUAGACAAAUGAAGAAUUUUUAGUAAAAUAUGUUUUUAACCAUGAACGUUCAAUGGCUUUUUUUGUUUUGUUUUGUUUUGUUUUUUGGGGGGGUUUUUGGUUGUUUUCUAGCCUGUUAAUCUUUCCAACAGUUGACAAUUAGGUAAUUUUCAACUCAUACCUGGCAGUCUGCUUCCCCUGGAGGGACUGAUGCUUCAGUUAUACUAGUAGACAUUUUUCUCUUUACCAGUUGGAGGUAAAGCCUUUCAAAAACAAAAAAUCCAGCAAAAAAAAAAAUAAAUAAAAAGCCACCUCUCCAGUUUCUUUUUUCUGUUUACAUAGACCAGUCUCCACCAGUGAGAUGAGACUCACUCAGUAGACAGCUAGUAUCUGCAGUAUUGCGUAUUUAUAAAUACACCUUGUAUUUAAAAAGAGAACUAAAGCUUGACUCUGACGCACGGUUCUGUGUGUACCUCCUGGCCACAGUGAACUGUCACAAAGUGUGACCCUCCCAGGGCCCCUUGUACCAGGCCACUCGGGAUCCACCUGCCAUUGGGCAGCCCCUUGCAGGAGGUGGGCGUCCAGCUGGGCAAGCCAGGGGCUGAAGGACAUUCGACUUUUAUUUUUGUAUUUAAAUGACAUGAAUGUAAACGGAACAGCUCAGGGUCAUUUCGGAGCCUGUUGACUUUUUAUCUCUUCCUGUGAUUUUCUGUUGUGAACAGAAACUCCAUGUAGCAACCUGGACUGAAUUGAGAAAGAAAACGCCAAAUGCUUUGGGGAUAAUGCUAAGUAGGAGAGCUUUGUGACCUUAUGUGUUAGAGUUUCAGAAUGUUUUUCUGUUUGCUAAACCUUGGAGAAAUAUGUGCCUCAGUCUAGAUGUUUUGUCUUCUCUUUUCUGCACUGAAUACCUGAGGGUUUGACCAAUCGACGCACCUCUGCAGGGGUGGGGCUGGCUCGCGGGGGCUGUGAUGCAAGCGUGGUGAGCAUGGCAUCGCCCGACGUGUAGACGUUUUCAGGGAAAGCAGAACGGAUUAACCGAAGAGACAAAACCUUUGUCCCAUGUGCUUUGCUCCUUUCUGUACAUAGCUCCUCGGCUCACGAACCUAAUUGUAAACAUUCAGGUAUUUUUGUACAAUAAGGGACUGAUGUUCUGUUUGUCAUUAGAAAUAAACAUUAAUACAGUGUUCUUCA